AGUGAGUGUGUGUAUUAUUAUAGCAGGAAUUAUACACGCUUGUGUUGUUUGGUGUUUUUCUUUAAUAAAAAAAAAAAAAUAAUACAUACUAUUACAUAACUUAACAUUACAUAACUUCUAUGCCGUAGUGGGCUAAUAUAAUUAUUCAAAAAUGUCGGUUACAAUUACCAUUGCUCAAAUUCGCCAACAUUUAAGUCAUUUGGCCAAUGCACAGACGUCUCACAAAGACCAAGUUGAUAAGUAUAGAGCUCUGUUGAACAACGUUUUAUCUAACACUGGUGACAAUGUCAUUGAAGCGCUUAAAGUAUUUGUUGAAGCCAUCGUUAAUGAAAAUGUCAGUUUGGUCAUAUCUCGUCAGAUAUUAUCAGAUGUCAGCACACAACUUUUACCUGAUUUGCCUGAUGGACAGUCUAAAUUAUUAGCACACUUCACUCUAGAUAAGAUUCAGCCUAGGGUAAUAUCUUUUGAAGAACAAGUGGCUAAUGUACGUCAACAUUUAGCAUCGAUUUAUGAACGAGAACAAAAUUGGAAGGAAGCUGCAUCUGUACUUGUUGGUAUACCACUUGAAACAGGACAAAAAAAAUAUACUGUUGAUUAUAAAUUGGAAACAUAUAUGAAAAUUGCAAGACUGUAUCUAGAAGAUGAUGAUCCAAUGUUGGCAGAAUCUUAUAUUAAUAGGGCCUCAUUGUUACAAACUGAAUCCAAAAAUGAAAAAUUACAAAUUUGCUAUAAAGUUUGUUACGCUAGAGUACUGGAUUAUAGACGCAAAUUUAUUGAAGCUGCGCAAAGAUACAAUGAAUUGUCUUAUAAGUCAAUUAUAUCUGACGAAGAACGUAUGACAGCAUUAAAAAAUGCUCUAAUCUGUACAGUUUUAGCAUCAGCAGGUCAGCAACGUAGUCGAAUGCUGGCGACUUUGUUUAAAGAUGAAAGAUGUCAAAGUUUGCCUGAAUUUCCGAUCCUUGAAAAAAUGUAUUUAGAUCGAAUAAUUCGUCCCAAUGAGAUUGCUCAAUUAGAUGCAAUGCUGCAGCCACAUCAGAAAGCAAAAACAGUCGAUGGUGCAACCAUAUUGAAUCGAGCUAUUAUUGAACACAACUUGUUAUCAGCUAGUAAGCUUUAUAAAAACAUGAAAAUCGUGGAACUUGGUCGUUUAUUAGGAAUUGAACCAAUUAAAGCGGAGAAAAUAGCAGGACAAAUGAUAUCAGAAGGACGUAUGGAAGGUUCAAUUGAUCAGAUUGAUGGUUAUGUUCAUUUUAAAACUCAAAAAUUAUUGCCGACUUGGGACAAAAAAAUCGAAUCGCUAUGCUAUCAUGUCAAUCAUAUAAUUGAACUUAUGUCUGCAGAUCCAGCUACACGUGAAUGGAUGAAUAAACAGUUAAAUGAUCAAAUGACACUUUAAACGGAGCUAAUUGAUAUAAAUUAUAUUUUAUCUAAUAUAUGAUGUUAAUUACA